AUGGGAAUUGUGAUUGUGGCAAUUAUCAGUGCUGUUUUGGCCUUAUUUUUGUAUUAUGCUAACUCGAUUUGGAAUUUAUUUCGGACUUAUGAACAUGCGAAAAAAGUGAGUUUUUUUUGGGGGAAAAUUGAAAUUUUUUUUUUAAAUUUAUAUUUUCAGACGAAUUUCAGAAAUGGAUUUUUUGUCAAAAUUUUUUUACUGUUUCAAAAAGCGAAAAAUGAAAGCUACAUAAAAAAUAACCCCAAAAUUGUUUUGAAAUUAUCCAAAAAAAAUUACUGUUUCAAGAAAAACCUUAAUUUUGCAAUACUCGAUUUUUAGUGAAAAAUUUCCACUGUUUCAAAAAAAUCUAAUAAUUAUUGAGAUUUUUAUAUAUUUUAAUCCGUUUCCAUUUUUGUGGUCUCAAAAUUCACAUUGCAAAAAUUAACAUGAAAAUUGUUUGUUUUGUCUACCAAACUCCAAAAAUCAUAGUUUUUUGUACCUAAAAGUUGAUUAAUUAAUUAUAGUAAUUAAUUAAUUAUGUCCAGAAAUACUGAUAACAAAAAAUUGCAGAGAAGAAGAAGAACUUUGGUUUAUUUGGAAGACCACUGUUUCAGAAAUAUCUAAUAAUUUCAGAGAGAAAUUCUUCCAAAAUGUCCCAAUAUUUCCAGAUUCCCGGUCCAGAAAUCCAUCCAAUAUUCGGAAAUGUUCCCUCAUUAAUCAAUUCAACAACAGCUGAUUUGGGUGGAAUUUUCAAAAAUUGGGCAAAAAAUCAGCGAGAAAAAGGAGAUCAAAUAAUGCGAAUGGUAUUAUUUGGAAAUAUGUAUGUUUGGCCGUUGAAUGGAAAAACUGUGGCAAAAAUAUUGGAUUCGACAACUGAAUUGAAUAAAGGAGAUGAUUAUUCGUUUUUUAUUCCAUGGGUUGGAAAUGGACUUUUGUUGGAGUAAGUUAUUUUGAGAAAUUCACUGUUUCAAAAUUUUCUUGAAUUUCUGAAGACGAUUUUAUUUUUGUUCAGUAUAUCGGAAUCAGGACUAUUUUUGAAAGCUAUUUAGAAAUCCUGGUUAUAUUCUUGAAAAACCUCACCGUUUCAAAUAUUUUCCAAAUAAAAUUGUCAAUUUUUUCUAUUAUAAAAAAUUUACUGUUUCAAAACUAUCAUGAGUUUUUUUUUGGUGGAUCGAAAAAAUAUUUCUUCAGUUAGACUGGUUUUUAAAAAUCAGAAAAUUUUACCGAAAAGAAAAUUUCCGAGCUGAAAAUUUACUGUUUCACAUUAUUUAGAAAAUCUCGGAGUCAAUUUCAAGUUUCUAAUCAUUUGUGAAAAAUUCACUGUUUCAAAAUUUUUUGAAGAUGUUUUUCUAGUUGAUACAUUUUGAUUUCUUUUUUAUAUUUUUUUUGCAGAAAUGGCGGUGAUCGUUGGCGUUCUCAUCGUAAAAUGCUCACUCCAACAUUCCACUUUGCAAAACUCGAAGGAUAUUUCGAAGUGUUCAACACGGAAUGUCAAAUUCUCAUCGAACAAAUUGAAAAAUUCGCAGAAUCUGGAGAAAGUUUCAACAUUUUUCCGUAUGUCAAACGAUGUUUGUUGGAUAUAAUUUGCGAAACUGCGAUGGGCAUCAAAAUCGAUGCUCAAAACAAUCAUGAGCACAAAUAUAUUCAAGCUUGUGAAAAAUAUAUGCGAAUGGCUGUUAUUCAUUGGUUUACUCCUUGGGUUCGACAUCCAUUGCUUUUUAAACUUUUGGGAUAUCAGAAACAGACCGAGGAUUAUUUGACUACAAUGAAAGGAUUUACUGAGAAGGUGGGAGAAUUUUGAGAGGGGAAGAAUUGGAAAAAAAUGUUUUUUUUACUGUUUCAAAGUUUUCAUAAUUUUUGAAUAAUUGAUUUUUUUGUUAAUAAUUUAAUGGUUCAAAAUUCUUCUUCCUAGCUUAGAAAUUAAAAAAUUAGCUUCUUUCCUGAAAAAUUCCUGAAAUUCCGCUUCAGAAAAUUUCACUGUUUCAAAAAUUGUAUAAUUUUUGAAGACAUACAGAAGAUUUGUUUUUGCAUCCAGAAACUCCUCAAAUAAAUUUUAAAAGUUCACUGUUUCAAAAUUUGCAGAAGUUUUCAUGAACUAGAAAUUUGAAGCUAUGUUCUUGAUUUCUGGAUGAUAAAAUUUUAAAUAAUAAAAUUUGAUUUUUUUGCACAAGUUAGCUCAGUGAUUUCCGGAAAAAAAACGUCCAAAUAAGAUUUUCUAAAAAUUUGCUUCAGAAAAUUUCACUGUUUCAAAAUUUUCAUAUUUUUUGAAGACAAACACAAAUUUUGAUUCGCCUUCAAAGCUAUACAAAAAAACAACAAAAAAAACAUUUAAAAAAUUCACAGUUUCAAAUUUUCUACAAGUUUCAUGGCCUAGAAAUUCAACACGAGAUAUUGGUUUUCUAGACCAUAAGAUCUGGAAUUUUGAAAAUAAAAAUUGUGAAUAAUUUUCUGUUAACUAUUUUUCUAGAAAAUUCCCUGAAGUUUCAUUUUUUUGCUUUAGAAAAUUUCGCUGUUUCACAAUUUUCAUAAUUUCUGAAGACAAACAGACACUCUAUUCAGCAACUUUUUGCAAGUUUUUGGUUUUUAAGGUUUUGAACGAAAAUAAAGUUGAAUUGUUUCAAAAAUCAAAAUCCAUAAAAUUUUAUUUUAUAAAUUUUCACUGUUUCAAAAUUUUCAUAAUUUUUAAAAGGAAAUCAGAAGAUUUGAUUGAGCUUUCGUACGUACAUUUCAAAAAAAAAUGAUUCACUGUUUCAAAAAUAUCACAAUUUUUAAUAAAAUUAGUCCACACGAAUGUGGCUUUUAAUUAUUGGUCUUUAAAAAUUUCGCUUCAAGAAAAUUUCACUGUUUCAAAUUUUUUAUAAUUUUCAAAGGAGAACAACAUAUUUGAUUUGGCCCUGAAGAGUACUUUAAAAACUUUUGAAAAAAUGAAUUUAAUAGAAUUUUAUUUUUAGGUAAUCCGCGAGCGCCGCGCAGCUCACGCAUCCGGUGAAAUCGAAAUCAACACCUCAAAACGUAUGAUGAACUUCCUUGAUCUUCUUCUAAGCCAAGAAGAUUCGAAUAAUCUUUCGGAAGAAGAUAUUCGACAAGAAGUUGAUACAUUUAUGUUUGCUGGACAUGAUACAACAACUUCAGCUUCAUCUUUUGCUCUUUGGAAUAUUGCUCAUAAUUCAGAUGUUCAACAAAAGAUUUAUGAAGAAUUGGUUGAAGUUUUUGGAGAAGAUCCAAGAACUGAUGUGACAUUGGAAAAUAUUAGUAAACUUGGAUAUUUGGAUAAAGUUUUGAAAGAAUCAAAAAGAAUUAUUGCUCCAGUUCCAGCAGUUCAAAGAAAAUUAAAAAAUGAAUUGGAAAUUGAUGGAUAUAUUAUUCCACGUGGAUCAAAUAUCACAAUUGCUCCAAUUGUUCUUCAUAAUAAUGCUGAUGUCUUUCCAAAUCCUGAUGUUUUUGAUCCCGAAAGAUUUUCACCUGAGGAAAUAUCCAAAAGACAUCCCUAUGACUUUAUUCCAUUUUCUGCUGGCCUCCGAAAUUGUAUUGGACAGAAAUUCGCGCAACUCAAUGAGAAAGUGCUAAUUUGCCAUAUUUUGAGGAAUUUUGAAAUUGAGCCAACUUUAAAAUGGAAUGAAACAAUUCCAUGUGUUGAAGUUGUCACAAAACCAUCAAAAGGAAUUCCAUUGAAAUUGAAACGAAGAUAA